AUGGCCCAGAGGAAGCAACGUUCGCUCAGGCUACUCGGUAACAUCGCCAAGAAAAAGGAAGAUGCAGCCAGCAUGACCAUCAAACUCGAAGACAUGCUGACGGUGGUCAAGCCUCCACCGCAGGCGCUGGACCUCUUCAGGACGAAGAUCAGGAACAAGGACGACUUCGACACGGCGUAUGAUAAAGUGCCGGAGUAUAAGAUUCGGCCGGAGAAGGUGCAGAAGGAGGACGUCCUUGGCGAGGGUCCUGGAGGCUGGAGGGGCAAGGGCGACGAGCCUUCGCCCACCUACGCCGACCCGCUUCCUCCUUCCAUGCGAGGACUCAACAUGGAGGAAUUUUAUGAGGUGGACAUAGACUGGAAGAUGCUGACCACCGCCCGGCCAAAGACUCGCUGUGAGGAGGAGAUCUUUUCGAGGUACGUGGAUAUGGGUCGUCUACAACUGCAGCGCCUGCGGGAGGAGGCAGAGAAGCUGGCCGAAGGGAAGGACUGGCGCGGGAGAAUUGUCAAGGUGGUGCCGGGCAAAGGUUCCGUUCCUGAGGUGAGACUUCCCAUCUGCAAGGAAUGCGGUGAGGAACUCUGUCAAGGCCUGUGUAAAGAUUACCUCUACAUGAACUACACCAGACUGCCGCCGGAGGAGAAAAAGGAAGAAGACGAAUCAGGGCUUGACGUCGAAGACAUGGACACACCGAAAGGAAAAGGGAAGAAGAAGAAAAGAACAAAGAAGAAGAAGAAGAAGAAGAAGAAGGACGAGAACGACUUCCCGGAUGAAGACGCGGACGAUGAAGACGAAGAAGAAUGA